AUGGGGGUCGGGGGUUGCUUGGUUCUGCCCUGGCGGUGCCUGGUGGUCGUGUGUCUCAGGCUGCUCUUCCUUGUGCCCGCAGGAGUGCCGGUGCGUAGCGGAGAUGCCACCUUCCCCAAGGCCAUGGACAACGUGACGGUCAAGCAAGGAGAAAGCGCCACCCUCAGGUGUACUGUGGAUGACCGAGUGACGCGAGUAGCUUGGCUAAACCGUAGCACUAUUCUUUAUGCUGGAAAUGAUAAGUGGUCGAUAGAUGACAGAGUGGUCAUUCUCACAAACACCAAAACUCAAUACAGUAUCAAGAUCCAUAAUGUGGACAUAUACGAUGAAGGUCCCUAUACCUGCUCGGUACAGACAGACAAUCAUCCCAAAACAUCACGAGUUCAUCUUAUCGUCCAAGUUCCCCCCCAGAUUAUAAACAUCUCAUCAGACAUCACCAUCAAUGAAGGCAGCAGCGUCACUCUCCUGUGCUUAGCCUUUGGGAGACCAGAACCAACAGUAACAUGGAAGCAUCUCUCUAGCAAAGAAGGUCAGGGAUUUAUAAGCGAUGAUGAGUACUUGGAAAUCACAGGCAUCACAAGAGAACAAUCUGGCGAAUAUGAAUGCACCGCGGUCAAUGAUGUGGCAGCACCCGAUAUUCGGAGGGUGAAAGUGACUGUCAACUAUCCUCCAUCCAUCUCCAGUCCUAAGAAUACUGGUGUUUCAGUUGGUCAGAAGGGGAUCUUGCGUUGUGAGGCCUCAGCUGUCCCAGUAGCAGAAUUUCAGUGGUUUAAAGAAGAAACCAGGUUAGCUAAUGGGCUGGAUGGCUUGAAAAUUGAAAACAAAGGACGAAUGUCUACGUUAACCUUCUUUAAUGUCUCGGAGAAGGACUAUGGCAAUUAUACCUGUGUGGCCAUCAACAAACUGGGGAACACCAAUGCCAGUAUAAUUCUGUAUGAAAUACCUGAACUUCCAGCAAUGUCAGGCCCAGGAGCAGUACACGAUGGCAACAAUGCAGCUUCCAGAGCAAUGGCCUGCAUCUGGCUAUCGGGCACUCUCUUUGCUUAUUUCCUGCUCAAGUUUUGA